AUGAGGGUAGUAGUCGCACAUCUGUUUCAGAUAGCGCAAAGCAAGCAUAAUAUUGUUAUUACAGAAAUAAAGGAUUCUGAUCCGAUAGACUUGCGCGUAGUUAAGAUUUUGGCUGAAUACUUACAGUCUAAAAGUGGUAGUCAGGCUUCCGAAACAAAAAAAGAGGAAGCUCUUAAGGAAAUUAAAGAGAUACUGAGUGAUGCUGCAAAUGUGUCAAAUUCAACAGUUCAAGUCAUUGCUGAUCUUGCAAAAAGGGAGAUCGCAGCAACAAAAACUUGGGCAGAAGAUGCAAUGCUUGCACAAUUAAUAGAAGCAUGGGUUGGAUUGAGAACUGGUGGCGACAAAUAUCAAGAGGCGUAUUAUAUUUACGAAGAAAUUGCUCAAUCACCAUCAUCCAACACGGUUAAAGUAUUGAAUGGGCAAGCAGUAUGUAAUAUUCAUCUUGGUAGAUAUCCGGAAGCUGAGAGCUUAUUGUUGGAAGCAUUAAACAAA